AUGCGAGCGCUGUGGGUGCUUAUCACGCUACUACAGCUGCACCAUGGCAUCGGAUGUGCACAGGCCGCAGCGGCGGUGGCGGCUGGCGGCGCUACCUGGGCCCAGCCGGCGCUGCAGCCGCACCGCCGGCUGCUCGCCAACGACACCGGCGGCAGCAGCAGCAGCAGCAGCAGCAGCAGCAGCGGGACGGCAGCUCAGGGGGCGCUGUCCACCCGCAAGCGGUGCGCGCCCUCACUAGUGGAUGUAGCGCGGCAGCAGCCCGAGCUGCGCCAGGCGGUGCAGCUGGCUCGCUCCGGGUACAACCUGUUUUCAGUGGACGGCGGCAAGCCCUUCACGGUGCUGGUCCCCACCAACGACGCGCUGCAGCAGCUGGCGGCAGGCAUCGAUAGCCUGGAUGACCAGCUGAGCCUGGAGGAUGGCUUCUACUCGGUGCUGCUCUACCACCAGAUACCGCAGGGGGCGUACGACGUGAGCCAGCUGGUGCAGCUGGGCAACACGGGGCUGCAGACGUCGCUGGGGCGCGCGCUGGGCGGCGGCGACAACCAGCACACGGUGACCUUCGAUGGCGCCACCUCUCCGGUGGUUGCCACGGGCGGCUGGCCAGCCAACAACGCGCAGCUGGUGCGGUCGCUGCAGGCGUGCAACGGCUGGCUGCACGUGGUGGACCGGGUGCUGCUGCCCACGCAGAUGUAUAGCGACCUGCCACGUCUGGUGGAUGACACGCCCGACCUUCAGAACGGCAGCUUCUGGGGCUUGCUGGACGGCAGCGGGCUGGACCCCGCGGUGCCCGCCCCCGCCGCAGACUAUGGCGCCGCGCUGUCGCCGGCGCCUGCCGAGGAGGGCGGGCAGGAGGAGGGGCACCACUCCAACACCACAGACGUUGCAGUGAGUAGCGGCAACGGCGAGGCGGCGCCGCCCUCGGUCCCCGCCAACGCCACCAGCAGCAGCGCCAGCAACGUCGUCGGCGGCGGCAGCAGCGAGAAGGUGCUGGUGAUUGCGGCGUCGGUGGCGGGGGCGGCAGUGGCGGCCUGCGCCGCGGUCGUGGCGGCCGUGCUGCUGCGCAAGCACGCGGCGCGGCGGCGGCGCGGGCUGGGGCGCGGGGAGGGAAUGGAGGAGGAGGAGGAGGCGGGCGGGGGCAUGAGCCCCUCGGCCAAGCGCAGCCACAGCCUGCGGCCGGUGCAGCUGCACGUGGACGCGUAG